AAAUAAUCCAUCAGAUCUUCGCUGUUCUCUCCACAUACACAAAACCCACUUCAAUUCGAUCCCAAUUUCGGAUUUUUAAGCAACAUUUCCCCUUUUUCUGCAAAAUCUCGACGAAUUUAUCGAAGCUCCAUAGCUGCAGAUAUUGAAUCUCGAUUGCCAUUCGUUUCUGGUUAACUAUUUUUCAAUUUUUUCUCCGAUUUUGGGGGUUUGAUCGAUUUGGGAAGACGCAUGAGAAGGUUGGUCAAGCUGGGUAUUUCGUCGAAUUCCAACCAUUUUAUCACCUCAAUUCACCUUUUUUCAAAAAACAUUUUUUUACUAUUCCUCCUGUUGUUGAGAUUACCCAAGCUCCAAUCGAGGUUGAGAUCGAUCGAUUUCGCGAGUAAUUUUAGUUGCAGUAGUAGCAUUUGUUCCCUCUGUAGCGAUCGCGGCCUCCAUUGUUUGUUGAAUUAUGGAUCCAAGCAGGUUUAAUCGCCAAUUGCGAUCCAAUCUUUGUGAUUCAAGCUUGGAGAGGAAAUCGGCAGCCUCUCCAUCAGUUAUCGUCAUAGGAGCUGGUUUUGCCGGCAUUACAGCUGCACGGACUCUUCAUGAUGCCUCGUUUCAGGUGACCUUGUUGGAGUCUAGGAAUAGGAUUGGUGGCCGUGUUCAUACGAAUUAUUCGUUUGGUUUCCCUAUCGACUUGGGUGCCUCAUGGUUACAUGGGGUUGGCAAUGAGAACCCAUUGGCUUCGCUCAUUGGGAGAUUGGGACUACCACUUUACCGGACCAGUGGGGAUAACUCGGUUUUGUACGACCAUGAUUUAGAAAGCUAUGCCCUUUAUGACAAGGAUGGUAAUCAAGUUCCGCAAGAUUUAGUCGCAGAGGUUGGCGAAACAUUUGAGGCCAUCUUGAAAGAGACUGAUGUUAUUAGACAGGAAUUCAGGGAAGACAUGUCUAUUCAACGUGCUAUCUCAAUUGUUUUCGAGAGGAGACCAGACUUGAGGUUGGAAGGUCUUGGUCAUAAGGUGUUACAGUGGUACCUCUGCCGAAUGGAAGGCUGGUUUGCUGCAGAUGCCGAUACUAUUUCACUUAGAGGCUGGGAUCAGGAAGAGUUGCUCCCUGGUGGGCAUGGGCUCAUGGUCCGGGGUUAUCUUCCUGUUUUAAAUACUCUUGCAAAAGGUCUUGACAUCCGCUUGGGCCACAGAGUGACAAAAAUCGUCAGAGGUCAUAGUGGAGUAAAAAUCACAGUAGACGAUGGAAGAGUUCUAGUGGCAGAUGCUGCCGUCAUUGCUGUUCCUCUUGGUGUUCUGAAAUCAAACAGCAUCCAGUUCGAGCCGAAAUUACCUGAAUGGAAAGAAGAAGCAAUCAGGGAUAUUGGAGUCGGGAUUGAGAACAAGAUAGUUUUGCACUUCGACACGGUCUUUUGGCCAAACGUAGAGUUCUUGGGGAUUGUUGCUGAAACUUCUUACGUGUGCAGCUACUUUCUCAAUCUCCACAAGGCCACAGGGCAUCGGGUCCUCGUCUACAUGCCUUCUGGACAACUCGCCCGUGACAUUGAGAAAAUGCCUGACGAGGCUGCUGCGAAGUUUGCUUUUACACAACUUCAACGGAUGUUUCCAAAUGCUUCUGAACCGGUCGAGUACCUCGUUUCCCAUUGGGGCACGGAUGCAAAUUCAUUGGGCUCCUAUAGCUAUGAUACAGUAGGAAAAUCCCACGAUCUGUAUGAGAGGCUGCGGGUCCCAGUCGACAACCUGUUCUUUGCUGGUGAAGCGACAAGUAUAGAUUUUCCGGGAUCCGUCCAUGGUGCAUAUUCGACUGGUUUGAUGGCUGCUGAGGACUGCAGGAUGCGCGUCUUGGAGCGCCACGGAGAGUUGGAUCUCUUCCAGUCUGUAAUGGGCGAGGACAUUCCAGUUUCGGUCCCACUGUUGAUCUCGCGUUUAUAAGCUCUGCGCAUCUGCUUCUGUGGAACUCCCUUGUCGAUUUUUGCUGGGACGAGGUACUGAUUGCUAUGUGAGAAACUGUGGUAGCCGGGAGGUCGCCUCGUUCGAAUGAUCAGAGUAUCAGUUGAUGAACUCUUCAGCCAGUAGAAAUCAGUCUAGAAAUAUGGAUUCUUGAUUAAGCUGAGUUCCUAUAUAUGAUUGUUUAUGUAUCAAACUUGAUAUGAUAUACUGUACUACAAUAUUGUGAAACACUGGUUAUGAUUAUGAUUAGAGUAUUUGCUAA